UGUCCCCUCAAACUCUGCAACCACAAGCACCCAUCAACGCCAACAGAGUGAAUUCAACAACAGCAUCGACACCAUUAGUUACAGGCAUUGAAUAAUAUAUAUAUGAUAACUGGACAAUGAGGCAGGUUCUUUUGGUAUUCGUUGCAGUGCAAGCUCUGCUUUUAUUAUUAUUGAGCCCUUCGGCAGAAGGAUUAGCCGCCAAAUCCUCCAAGAAAUCCAAGAAACUGGCAUCGGCCGGUGGCAAGGGGUUUGGCGCAUCAUCCUCGGGCGCUGCCUUGUUGCACACUCCCGACGACUCGGAGAGUACUCAGAAAUUGCUGCAGUUUUUGAAAUCACAAAAAGCCAAGGGAGUGGAUCAAGGAGUGGCCGAAAUUGGCAUUCACGACAAGACGGGCCAACGCGGUCUGUUUGCUACCACCAAUAUCAAGAAGGACCAAAUCAUUUGCAUGAUUCCCUCCGAUGUCGCUCUGGCACUGUCCGAUCCGGCCAAGUUGGGAAAAGACGCUCCGACGUUUGCUCACGGCGGCGCCAACUUUUUGAACAUGUAUUGGAACAAUGCCGAACGUCGUCCUCUGUGGUCCUUUUAUCUCGAUACACUGCCAUCUGACGCGAAAUCGCCGUAUUUUGACGCCACACCCGAUUUCUUUUCCCAGGAAGAAAUCGAAUUGUUGGAAUUCCCGCGCUUACUCGACAAUAUUCGCAAACGGCAACACGAUAUCGAAUCACUGGCGGCCGAACAAGGUUUGGACCAGGAUCAACUACAAUUCGCCACUUGGUUGGUAUCAUCCCGGGCAUUCAACAUUAAUUUGGCAGACGACAAUACCCAAAAUACACCAGAAGAAGAACAAUACGACGAACGAGGGCAAGUGGUGACCAAAGCCGGUGCAGGCUUGAACAGUAUCCGCGUCAUGGUCCCCUUUUUGGACCUGUGCAAUCACGAUUCUGUGGCACCCAAUUGUCGUUUCACCAUGAUUGACGCCGAUAAAGACGAAGCCUGGUUUGCGUUGGAAGCCAAUCGUCCCAUUCCGGCUGGACGGGAACUUCAAAUGGCCUAUCGGAGUGGCAUUUAUUCGUCGGUCGAACUGUUCCUCAACUACGGAUUUGUCCCGGAGGAAAACAAGGUCGAUGCGUACAUGUUGCGCAAGGGAGGUGAGGGUGUCAUUGCGAGUGCCGACGGAUGGACGACUACACUGGAGGAAGAUCAAAGCAUGUUGGAAAUGCUCCAGAGCAAAAGUGAUGACGACAACAACAAUGACGUACUGAAAAAGAUUCUGGCGUUUCGAUCCAAUAUGAAAAAGGCGUACCAAGACUUGUAGCGGAAUGGAUUGUUGGCCAGUGAUGCAUGCAUGCAUAAUAUGAUGCAGAAAGGAAACAAUGAAUGGGCGUACGAGAUAAAAUAUAAAUGCAUACCGGUAGAUUGAACAGGAUUGCGGAAUGAAAGUCCGGUAUCUCCGACUCACACAGGACGUUAGACUACUAAGUACUGGUGCCAGAGCCAAUGCGUAAAAGGAUAGCCUUCAUGGGCGGACAGCCAUUCCGACUUUCUGUGAUAAGUUGAGGGGUGAGUGAAUCGAAUCUCCAGGAACCGCGCCGUGUUUUGAUGAUACACAUAGGGGUCCAGUGCUGCAUCCGUCUCGUACGUACUGUGCAUCACCCACUUCAGGGUCAGAAGAUUUUUUCAGUGGACUGGUAUCACUGGACGUUCGCACAGUCUUUCCCAGGCAUCUAUCUAUCAAAUCCUUGACGGUGGCUUGCUAACUACCGGUAGCUAGAUUGAUACCGUCCCGUUCAACUAUCCUACAAAAUCAUAUCACUCGAAAAAAUUCAAUGAGAAAACGUAGAUAUUUUGAUUCGAUUCUUCUUGUAAUUUAUAGUGAAUUAUUUGAGUGUUAGGCGUCACAGAAAGGCUACCACCGAGAGUAAUUGUUGCCCAUGUAUCGUGACUCUUACAGUGUUGGCACUCUAGCUAGCUAGCUAUCCAGGGAUACCAUGCAAAUUGUGGAAUGCUCCCAUGGAAAACUAAUUGUGUUGGUAACAACCUGCAACGCCCACUUUUUCUUCGUAUACCUUCCACUUUUGCGUGGUACGCAUGGUCCUGUAUCAAUCAACCUCCAAUCAAGACUUCAAAUACAAUGGUCAAAAUAUUCGCGGCAAUGACGGGGACCCUGAGGUAUUGCACGGCAUGGAGCAACCCCGCAGCUUGCUGUAUCAAUGGAUUGUUCGACGCAUUGGCGUGUUGGCUGUUCAUGUCGUCCAGACCAUACUUGGCCAAAAAUCGUCGUCGAUUCAAGAUCAAAAACGCAUUGCACAUCAACAGUCCUGCCUGCAAUACCAAUAAUAAAAACAAGCGAUAA